AUGGCCACCGCCAUCGUUAUAUCCGUGCUAGCAAUAUGCACUAUCGCCAAGUGGGUCAGGGAUAAAGGCUCGCGUCUCCCUCUACCUCCUGGUCCAACAGGUUUUCCCAUCGUUGGUAAUACACUUCACAUCAAUACGGAGAAGCCACAUCUCACGUUUAGCAACUGGAGGAGCCGAUAUGAUGUAACUCGAGGGGAUAUUAUAUAUUGCAAAAUCUGGGGACAAGACACGAUCAUUGUCUGUAGCGAGAAGAUAGCCCGUGAUCUUCUGGAUAAGCGUUCCUCCAACUACUCAGACAAGAGCCUCGUUGCCGAAUCAAGGGCGUACAAUUUGGACUUCAACACAGGAUGGAUACCCUACUCGGAUAAAUGGCGACUCCACAGGCGCAUUUAUCAUCAGGCAUUGAGACAAGAGAUCGUGCCGAAGUAUAGACCUAUGCAGCUUAGGCAAGCUCAUAAGCUACUCGAAGAUCUAUUGGAUCGACCAGAUGCAUUUGAAGUACAUCUGCAAGCGUACGCAUCGCCCAUAAUCCAUGGAGUCUUGAUAUGGAUGCUAAAGUUUCUUUAUAUCAGACACGCGGCUGCCAUCAUAAUGUCUGUAAUAUACGGAUACGAGACGAGGUCCCACAAUGAUCAGAUGGUGUCCGUAAUUGAAAAAGCGAAUGAUUUCAUCAUACCGUUCGGAACACCCCCUGCAAUGGGAUUGAUCAAAGCGUUCCCGUUCUUGCUCAAAAUACCGACAUGGUUCCCUGGGGGAUGGAUUAGGCAGGCCGUUAUUUCCGGGAAGAAGCAUGUAGACACUAUGCUGGAGCUUCCGUACCAAUAUGUGAAACAAAGCUUGGCCUCUGGAACUGCACCCGCGUCUAUGGUUGGCGAUAUGCUGCAGAGGGCGGAAGCACAGGUUGUACCUGAGGUGUAUGAAGAAUGUGUGAGAAACACUGCUGGUGCGGCUUUUUCGGGAGCGAAUGUCCUUAUAGACACGUGGGAGAUACAUCACGACGCAAGCCGCUUCCCCGAGCCUCAUCUCUUCAAGCCGGAGCGAUAUCUUAACGGUGACGGGUCACUCACGGAUGACAUGUCGCACAUGAUGGUUUUUGGACUUGGUAGGCGAGUGUGCCCAGGUCGACACCUCGCACUUGCGUCAGUGUGGUCAGCGAUGACGUGCAUGCUUGCGGCCUUCACUUUUGAGAAAGCGAGAGACUCGGAUGGAAGCGAGAUCGAGAUUAAUCCAAGGUGGACUAUUGGGUUAACGAGAAGUAAGGAUUGCAAGGGUGCUGUUGUGAAGAUUGGGUGCCCUAAACACGCGAGGAGGAAAAGGUCUCAGCGUCACCUUGCCACAGAUUUCAAACCGUUCUUGCUCUCUCAAUCUUUGGACCGGCGGCUUCGUGCCGUGUUUAGCUAUGUCUUACUCGCAGAUAUCCGCUGGAUAGACUUCCAGGAGGAGCCUGACAUCGCUGGUCAAGAGAGCGAGGAGCUGCGCAACCCUCAACGCGGCGACUUGACUUAUCAGAAGAACUCGGAGGGUCUUAUACCAUAA